AUGAUGAGCGUGCGACGAGUGUUGUCCGAUCGCUUGGGCCUUGCCCUGAGAAAGGCUCACCUCAUAUACGUGAAACCCCUUGACCUCUUCCCUUGCAGCAUAUCCUUGAGUAGCAGUCAGAAGGAACUGCCAUGGAGAAUUCGCGGGGGCUAUUCCAUAGGACACGUAUUGAACGACAUCUGCUCCUCCAUGUGGUUCACCUACCUCCUCCUGUAUUUCCAUCGGGUCCUGGGGUUCGAGAGCGUGCAUGCCGGCACCCUGCUGUUGGUGGGUCAGGUGGCAGAUGCCCUCUCCACGCCGUUGGUCGGCAUCUCCGUCGACAAGGAGACCAAUUCCUUCUUGCCCUUUCAAGGGUACGGUCUGAAGAAGACCUGGCACGCCUUCGGUUUGUCGCACCUCCGGAAUAUCACGAAAAUUUAUCUCUGCUAA